CGCUCGCGGCUCGGCAUGUUUCCGCGGAGGCCGCCGGCCGCGCUGGCCGCCUGGCUGGGGGGCGCGGGGGCGCGGGGCGGGGGCCUGCUGGGCCUGCUGGCCAAUCAGUGCAGCUUCGUCACGGGCCUGCGCGUGCGGCGCGCGCAGCAGAUCGCGCAGCUCUACGGGCGCCUGUACUCGGAGAGCGCGCGCCGCGUCCUCCUCGGCCGCCUGUGGCGUCGGCUCCGGGGCCGCCCGGGCCAUGCCACUGCCCUGAUGUCGGCCCUCGCCGGAGUCUUCGUGUGGGACGAGGAGAGGAUCCAGGAGGAGGAGCUGCAGAGGUCCAUUGAUGAGAUGAAACGGUUGGAGGAAAUGUCAUAUGUGUUUGAGAGCCCUGGAGUUGGACGCCACCCUCCAGAACCAAAAUCUCAAACGGAAGGAAAUGAAGACUCGGGGGCCAAAGAACAGCCAUGGGAAAUGGUGAUGGAAAAGAAACACUUCAAGCUGUGGCGGCGCCCAAUUACAGGCUCCCAUCUUUACCAGUACAGAGUAUUUGGAACCUACACAGAUGUGACACCCCGGCAGUUCUUCAAUGUUCAGCUGGAUACAGAAUAUAGAAAAAAGUGGGAUGCGCUGGUCAUCAAGCUGGAAGUGAUUGAGAGGGACGUGAUUAGUGGUUCUGAGGUUCUUCACUGGGUAACUCACUUCCCUUAUCCUAUGUACUCACGGGAUUAUGUUUAUGUUCGGCGGUAUAGUGUGGAUCAGGAAAACAACGUGAUGGUGUUGGUGUCGCGUGCGGUGGAGCAUCCUAGUGUGCCAGAGUCUCCAGAAUUUGUGCGGGUCAGGUCAUAUGAAUCCCAGAUGGUUAUCCGUCCUCACAAGUCAUUUGAUGAGAACGGUUUUGACUACUUAUUGACAUACAGUGACAACCCCCAGACUGUGUUUCCUCGAUACUGCGUCAGUUGGAUGGUUUCCAGUGGUAUGCCAGAUUUCCUGGAGAAGCUGCAUACAGCCACUUUAAAAGCCAAGAACAUGGAGAUCAAAGUGAAGGACUAUAUCUCUGCUAAGUCUCUAGAAAUGGGUAGUGAAGCCAAGACCACCACCACCUCAUCUGAGCGGAAGAACGAGGGUAGCUGUGGCCCUGCCCGGAUUGAGUAUGCUUGAAGGACUUGGGAGAAGGAGGACUGGGCUUCUAGCCCAACUUGUCGCUCUGCUACAGAUCAGGGCGUUGGCUGUAACCAUCCAUGCAAGAUAAUUCAGUAGCUGGCUUCUGAUUUUAUUCAGAACCUUUAUUGUUCUUGAUCAAAACGGAGAGAAAGAGACAUCCCUGGGGGCACUGUCAGAGUCUCAGGGCAGGCAUUUUAAAUUCAGUAUUUUACUGAGCUAAUCUGGAACAAGCCUUCUUCCUUGGUCCAGAAGGGGGCAGCUUGUAUAUGUGCUUCCUGAGUAGUUUUCUCUGCCAACAUUCCAGUUCCUACCAUCACAUCUUCAGCAGUAUUGGGUUUUCUUCAGUUUGGAAGGCCCAGUUGGAAAGUAUGAAGGUCUGGUUGAGUCUUUCAGGAGGGGUCAUGGAAAGCUCUUGGUAACGUUUCUGGUGUUGAAUAGAUAUGAACUGUUGCUUGGCAGUGUAAGUGCCUUUUCUUUGCCUUGCUUCUCUUUAGGGACAUCAGGUUUGUGUCAAGAAAUGUCUCUCUCAGCCCCAUUGACUUACCCAGUCCAAAGCAGCUUCCUCUGAAUUGACUAUUUCUUCUGUAUGCAUGCAUCAUAUUCUUUUGGUUCAUCUUCUAAAACAUUAGUCCACAUUUAUCAAGAGCCUGGGGAAGUAAAUACUUUCUUCUAGAAAGUGGCUUUCUGAAAAGAAAAAAAUUAAAAAUUGAAAAAAGAACGGGGCUGGAGAGAUAGCACAGCGGGUAGGACGUUUGCCUUGCACGUGGCUGACCUGGGUUCGAUUCCCAGCAUCCUCUGAGCACCGCCAGGAGUUAACUCCUAAGUGCGGAGCCAGGAGUAACCCUUGUGCACUGCCAGGUGUGACCCAAAAAAGAAAAAAAAAAUAGUGGCUUUCUUUGUCAGCAGUGUUACAAUAAAAGGGUCAGUGGAGAUCUUAUUCAAAAUACAUUAAUUUCAGUUCAAAAAAGUUUUUUUUUUUUCAUUUUUUUUAAUUUUUAGAUAAAUUUAUGUCAAAAAGUAGUAAUUGUGGAUGUAAAUGGGAUUUCUUCAGAGUCUGCUUGGAAAACCAAUUUUGAUUCAGGCAUUUUUCACACUUAAGGCUAGACUGGACGCCAAGGAGGCUGAGGCAGAGAAUGGGGGUCGGCCUUCUCCCUGGAAGCUCUCCAAGGCUGUGUAAAUGAAAACUCACAGUUCCACCCCACAUGCUGCUGUAAUGGGAAUUCAGUUUGUGUCAGUUCCUCUGAGAAAGUUCUUUUCCUCUCCUCUGAGCUAAAAUAAAAGCAAACUCGACUAUUCAGUUGGACUCACAUCCAGACGGUAUGAAUUGGCCUGGCUACUAUUAGGAGAACAGGGAUCACAAUUUAAACUCCCCCCCCCCCCCCCCCCACACACACACACACUUUCUUAGAAUUUAAACAGCUAGAUUUGUCCUUUCUCUCUCUGCUUGCUACCUUUCUGUGUUACUGAAAAAGGGAUCUAAACCUGAGACUAACUGAAGCCCGUUGACACUUUGUUGCCUGUCAAGUUUUGUGCCAAGAAAAACAACUGCCCGGCUUUCAUGCUUUGCCUUCCCUGGUCAGUGGCAGAGCAGGGAGGCGCGUCGAGCCUAUUUCCAUUGGUCGUUGCUCUCCUCCCAUUCCAGGACCUGAGAGAGGUCAGGGCAGAGUCCCGGGCUGCGUCUGACUUGGCACCUGUGGGUAUUGGGCAUGUGCGAGUGUGUGAGUCCGUAGGUGCUAAGAGACUGUGUGCUGCUCGGGAUCUGAUUUCUCGGCAACUGGACUUUACACUUGGGGCUCGGUCUGUUCAUUUGCUUCUGUCAUUGAAUGAUUUUCACUCCUGUGACAUUUUUAUCAAAUGUGUGAAUAAAUAAAGAUUGGUAC